AUGGACACGCGGAAAUGCUCAACCGUUACAGCAAGGAAGGAAAAAAAAAAGAGCUGGCACAAAAGUGAAAGAGGUAGAAACCCCCCCUACUGCGUCAACUACGACGUUUUGCUGAAAAAUUGUAGAGAGGAACAAUAUAUAGACCUGAAUCUGGAGAUUAAUUACAAUUUGGAGGAAUUAUUAGCAUACAAGGAUAACAUAAAGAAAUGUCUGCAUGUGCAUAGUAGGCCGAGCAAACAUAAUCUGCAGAAGAAUAGGAGGAGUUACCAUUACGACGAUGGACAUGGCACCAUUUGCGCGUCGGGUGGCAUUUCCCCCUUUUGUUAUGACUCAGGGGGGGAGAAAAAAGGUGUACGUAAUCAACCAGACAGAGUGGAAAAACAAUUCUAUCGAAAUGGCGACUAUACCGAUGAGGGUUAUACGUCCGACUCUUGCAGCAGCUAUUGCUCUAAUGUAACGGACAGUUCUGAAAAGUAUGAAAAAACGAAUGGCAUGAAUUUUUCCCAGCGCAUUACCUAUGACAGUACCAUUUUGGAGGGGAAAGGAAAUUUGUUUGACACUGUGUUAGCCCCAAAGGGAGUCAGCAAAAAUAAGGAAGGGGGAAAAAAUAAUGCUUUUUGUGAUGGAUGGGCUGCCAAAACUGGGGACAACACAAAUAUAGACGACUCCUACGUGAGGACGCAGCUAAGUUAUGAAGACAUGGAGUGCAGGGGGGAGGGAGGUGGAUCCCCUUUGUACGCGGGGGCAACCUCCAAAGGGGCCUUCCUCCCCAACCUGGAUGGACAUCCAUUGACCAAUUCAGCAUUUCACAAAAAAUAUUCCAACCCAGCUAGCCAAAAAGUAGAAGAAGAAAUCCUCAACAAAUAUGAAAAAAUAAUAAAGAUUAUGAAGUACUUAAGAAGAGUAAAAAAUAAGUACCCUCAAAUCGAAGCAACCGUUUCGAUACUGUCCAGUCAUAUUAAAAAUGUCACAUUCAAUUGCGAGAAAAUGUUCCAUUCGAGACAAGAGCUGAAUGACUUUUUGAAAAAAAUCUACAUUUACCAGAUUUACCUCCUUAAAAAAGUCGUUUUUAAAAACCCGAGGGACAGAAGGAGUGGCGAUUCCUUCAAAGACUAUUCGGAACUCCCCGAAGGCAGCAACAGGGAUGCCCAUUUCAUGAUUCAGCACUUGAGAGAAAACAGGCCUGUAAAGUCUGCAAAGAGGGGGCCACACCAAAAUGUGCGCGAUGAAGGAUGGGCUAAUUUUACUACCGUGAGGAAGCAGGAAGGAAGGACACGUAACCCUUUACACAAGGACACACAAUUUAUCAGCGCUGCGAAGAAGGAAAACAAAAUGGACAUGACCUUUACUGAAGAAAGCGCAGAAAGUGACAUGUACAAAAAGGGAAAGGGGAAAAAUAGGGGUAAAUAUAAAAGUGGUGAAUCCUUUACGGGACAGGAAAAAACAAUACACGACGAUGAUCCGCUGAGGAGUGAAACAAACUCGACGCAUUGUUUCAGCAAUCUCUAUGCAGAUGAAGCAGAUAAGACAUCCGCCUAUUACGAUAACCUGAGGCAUACAUAUAGAGAAGCCCUAAAAAAUCAUAUGAACACAAGUAGGGGAAAUUUCCAAAGCGGAAAAAGGAAAAAACAGAGUAGAAUAAAGAAGGAACACAUCCUACAUGAAGAUUUCUUGAACCAUAAAAAUGCCUAUCGGAAGAGCGAAAAUUUUACCAUGUUGGACGAUGCAGAUGUGCUGCCUGAACAAGAAGCCCUAAGAGAAGAGACAAACGAAUCACCAUACGGUUGGGGGAAUAAACGGGAUGUCCCAUUUAACACACAUUUAGUAGAAUACGAAUCAAAAAGAGGAAACUCGGGGCAACUUUAUAAAUGUAUCCCCCAAGACAGUGCAAACAAUAGAGAAUACCGGGGGAGAAGCAUUUUAAGUGACGCCUUAAAGAAGGAUUACUUAAACGUUGUAAAUGUGCAGAAGUAUGGGUCCAAAGAUGGCCUCAAAGAUGGGCCCCUAUAUGGGCCAUCCCUAAACGCGCUUAAUUUAGCAAGGAGGAAAACGCCCCCGCGGAGAAGCCUAUCGAGAGGUGAAACAGGCAGAAAGGACGCUGCGGAAAAGGACAGGAAUAACCAAAAAACGCUUGUACUCUUUUAUGAUAUAAAUAAAGAACUAAGUGCCAUCUCGAACAGAGACUCCGUCAUACACGCGCUGAAGCAUGCGCUUCUAAACAAGCCCCACAACUUCAGCGCCCUGCAAAACUUCCUAUUCAAAAUAAACGUCGAGCUGGUGGAAUACAAAAACUUCAUCCUUCUACUAACUCAGAACGUAAAGAAGCCACUCCUGGCAGCCCUCUAUGGCUUGAACGAUUUUUCGGUGUUUGAAAAGGUGUACGGGAAGAAGGUGGCGCCCCGAUUUUUGGUCUCCAAAAAGGUUAAAACUUUUUACAAGUAUGAUACAUCCUACCGAAGAUUUAAGGAACUCACUAAUGUGCGCGAUUUCAGCGGGAUUACUGAUGCAGUGGAGUUAAUUUAG